CACUGGGAGUGACCAAACGUCAAAACCACGUAAACUUUGAAAGCUAAUCGAGUUCAGGAGGUUUUGACGUUUAGCAAUUGGAAAAGAGGGACGACCAGAUUAAAAUCCCGCCAAAUUACACUGGAUCACAAAUUUGAAUUUGUUUUUUGUUCCACGGAUACCACUAUCCAAUUUGUAUGUGAAAUGGCUCGCUGAUUUCGAAAAUCGAGUUAAUUUUUUUUUUAUAGAUACGUUUUUGAGAUAUUUGCAAUUAACCGUUAUUCGACCAAAAAAAAAAGGUGUCUUCAUUUACUCAUGUAUAUCUCACUGACCAGUUGAGCAAUCUUACUGCAAAUUAUAGAAAAUAAAAGUGAAUGAAAUUUCCUAAAAAUAUUGUCUACUCCAUUUUUCCAUAGACCUUAUAAUUUCUGAGAAAUUGAUUAAUCACUUCAUGUUUUUAAAUUUUUUAUGCAAAAAUUAAAAAAAAAAAUAAUUUGGUAAGGAAAAAAUUUUAAAACAAAAGAUAUUUUUUUAAUUUUUUUUUAUUUUAUAUGAAGUCCUGUUUCUUUAUAAAAAACUAAGCUACCAACGAACAAAAUCCAUGGAUAAAUAGGAAAGUUGUACAUGAUCAAAUAAAUAUAUCCAAGUCGCACAAAGUCAAUGUAUACGAGGUGGGAUAUCUAGCUAUGCGCUGGGAAAUCAAGUUGUAAUGAAUUUUUAAUGGACGACGAGAGAAACGUUCUAUUACAAGCGCAACUAAACGAUUGGAUUAGAGAUUAGGAAUUAUCCAAGGAAAAAGCUGAGCUACAUGCCUCUCGUAUGCAACAAUUUUAAUUCGUGUCACCCUAUGUUAAGAUGACAUAUUAUAGAAAUAGACAUAUUAUAGAAACACUAUAGGAAGGAAGACAAUGUAUGCUAUUGCAACGACAUUCCAGGAUUAUUCAAAGAGUUUGGUCAACCAUAUGAUUCCGAGGAGUGGCGAUUGUUCAUAGACAGCAAUAAACUGAGCUUGAAGGCCGUAUUACUGCAUAAUGGCAACAAAAAGCCCUCGAUCCCGAUCGCGCAUGCAGUAAACACGAAGGAAACAUACGAGGUAAUGGAGAAAUUGUUAAAAUUCAUGAAAUAUGAAGAGCAUGAUUGGAAAAUAUGUGCCGAUCUUAAAGUCGUUGGAAUGUUAUGCGGUCUACAAAGUGGCUACACAAAACACUGCUGCUUUCACUGCAAAUGGGAUAGCCGAGCUCGUAAAGACCACUAUUGCAUUAAGGAUUGGCCGGAAAGAGUUGAAUUUACAAUUGGUGUGGAUAAUAUCAAAUACGUCCCACUUGUAAUGAAGGAAAAAAUCAUUCCGCCAUUGCACAUCAAGCUCGGCCUCAUUAAAAAUUUUGUUAAGGUGUUGGACAAAGAAGGCAAAGCAUUCAAUUAUUUGCAAAAUGUUUUCCCAAUUAUUUCCCAGGCCAAAAUAAAAGAAGGUAACUUUGUUGGACCCCAAAUAAAAAAGUUGAUAAAUAAUGACCAAUUCAAAGCACUAUUGUCACCAGUUGAGGCAGCAGCGUGGGAUUCCUUCGAAAUGGUCGUUUCUUCUUUUCUCGGUAAACACAAAAGUCCAAACUACGAGAAGAUAGUGAGCGACUUAAUCAAAAAUUAUGCAGAAAUGGGCGUAAAUAUGUCUUUAAAAAUUCUUUUUCUGCAUUCCCAUUUAAGUUUUUUUCCGGCAAAUCUCGGAGACGAAAGUGACGAGCAUGGCAAAAGGUUUCACCAGCAAAUAAAAUUAAUUGAGAAUCGAUACCAAGGUUUCUGGGACGUCGGUAUGAUGGGUGACUACUGUUGGUUUCUCAUAAAAGAAAUGUCAAAACACAUAAUCAUUUCGACUAUAAUGUAAGAACAUCAACUUAAGACAAAAAUAACACAUUGUUUUAAUAUAUAUUACUAAUAUAUAAAUAAAUGAGUUUAUAAAAACUAAAAACGAGAUGAAAAUUGACUUUUUACUUAACAGAAACAGCGCAUAGCUAGAUAUCCCACCCCUACUUUACACACUACAUACGCAUAUACGUAUACAUUGACUUUGCGCGACUUGGAUAUAUUUAUUUGAUCAUGUACAACUUUCCUAUUUAUCCAUGGAUUUUGUUCGUUGGCAGCUUAGUUUUUUUAUAAAGAAACAGG